UUUCUGUUUGAAUUGACGGGCGGGCACCCGCUAUGGCAGAGCCUCACCGGCGACCCGAAACCCGGCUCUUUCGAACGUACGCGGCGAGGGGCGUCCGGGAGUCGCAGCGGCAGGCCGGCCCGCUGGCUGUGCAAUGGUUCCAGCCGCCGAACCUGAAGCGCGCCUUCAGCAGCAGCCUCAGCGACAGUAACCUGUCGCCGGCCGUCGCUUCCGACGACCCGGACGACCCGGACGAUCCCGACUUCUCGGGCAGCCCCGUAGGCCCGCGGCUCAGGCGUCCUCGGGGCCGCGGCUCCCAGGACCAGUGGACCCUGACAGACACUCCGAGGAUCCAAAGGCUACGACCUCGGCCCCCGCAGAAGUGCAGCACCCCCUGCAGCCAGCUGCGACCACCACGUUUCCCCAACUGCAACCCGGACUGCCUCGACUCAGACCUCAGCGUGUGCAUCCAAUCUAGAGACAGCAACGAGCUGGGCACCAGUGCCUCCCUUUUCAGCUCUCCGGCCUCGCCCGGAGCCCCCGACUCUCUGUAUGCAAACUCUGCAGUCCCCGGGGACAUCCACUUCCCGGCAUCCUCCCCUGGUGAAGCGUCUCUGCCCUGCCCCCAGGAGGCAGCCACAGAUGACGGCAGGUACAACGAGGGAGCCCUCCGAGCUGAAGCCGGCUUCAGGUCCUCUCCCUUUAGCCUUAUGAACUCAGGGACGGCAGAAGAUAACGAGUUUGGGACAGAUAGGGAGAAUGUGAAGGAAUCGGGUUGUGAAAGACAGCAGAUGGGAAACAGACUAACGGACCCUGAUCUGGCAAGCCUGGGAAAGAGGACGGCCUCGUGUAAAAAGGUUGUGUCCCAAGACCAUGGGGAGUCCAGUGCUUGCAAAGACCUUCGUGGACCAGGAGAAAUCAGCAUGCCUAAGAGAAGUGGGCCGCUCCGGAAGAGGAAACAACAAGAAGCAGUGAGACCAUCUCCCCUCCACUACCACCAAUCAAGGAAGAAAAGGAAAGACUCAGUCUCCUUCAGGGCCUUGAAUACUAGCCAGAAGGAUUUUUGGACCAAAACCAGAGCCUCCUUCGGUUUCCACAAGAAGAAAAUUAUAACUAGUGUGUCGGAGGUAUGCGGCAGUUUGGUUGCCAGUUCUCCCUCUAGGUCCCUCCUGUCUGAAUGUUCGACCCCUCCAAUCAAGAACAGAGCAAACAGCACUAUUUCUUCUCGAUGCUCUUCUAUGUAUUUGCUAAGUCCCUUACAGACGCUUCAUGUCACAGACGAAAGGCCAUCUUAUGCUGAGAAGGUUUACGGGGAGUGUAAUCAGGAAGGGCCUAUCCCCUUUAGUGAUUGCCUUUCCACAGAAAAACUGGAACACUGUGAGAAGAUUGGGGAAGGAGUGUUUGGGGAAGUGUUUCAAGUAAUUAACGACCAAACACCUGUAGCCCUAAAAAUCAUUGCUGUCGAAGGAUCAGAUUUAGUCAAUGGGUCCCACCAAAAAACCUUUGAGGAGAUCCUGCCAGAGAUCAUCAUCUCCAAGGAGCUGAGUCUCUUGUCUAACGAGGUGUAUAACUGCACAGAAGGCUUUAUUGGGCUGAACUCAGUACACUGUGUUCAAGGGCUUUACCCUCCCUUGCUGCUCAAAGCCUGGGAUCACUAUAACAUAACCAGAGGAUCUGCGAACGACCGACCCGACUUUUUCCAGGAAGACCAGCUCUUUAUUAUCCUGGAAUUUGAGUUUGGUGGGGUUGACUUGGAGCGGAUGAAAACAAAGCUAUCCUCCGUGGCUACUGCAAAGAGCAUCCUCCACCAGAUCACCGCAUCCCUGGCUGUGGCAGAAGCAUCUCUGCACUUUGAGCACCGGGACUUACACUGGGGAAAUGUGCUCUUAAAGAAAACCAACCUCAAAGAACUCCGCUACACCCUCAAUGGGAAAACAAGCACCAUUCGCACCCACGGGCUACAAGUCAACAUCAUAGACUACACCCUGUCCCGCUUGGAGCGGGAAGGGAUUGUGGUUUUCUGUGAUAUCUCCACUGAAGAGGACCUGUUUACGGGCGAAGGCGACUACCAGUUUGAGAUCUACAGGCUCAUGAGGAAGGAGAACAGAAACUGCUGGGGUGAGUAUCACCCUUACAAUAAUGUGCUGUGGCUGCAUUACCUUGCAGACAAGAUUCUGAAUCGGAUGAAAUUUAGGACUAAAUGCCAGAGUGCGGCCAUGAAGCAAAUAAGGAGAAAACUGCAGCAUUUCCACAGGACUGUACUGAACUUCAGCUCCGCCACUGACCUGCUCUGCCAACACAGUCUAUUUAAGUAAGCUAGGAACGUAGACAUUCAAAGCCUCAGUAAGUACACUUUUUAGGCCUCUGGUACUGUUAAUUAAUCUCUGCCACUAGAGCCGGAUAGAAGUGAGAGCCCAUCCUUAAGAGUUUCCUGUCAGCUUCUUAAAAGGCAAUCUUGUUUUUUAAAAGGUAACCAAAAUGUUUGUUGACAUGAUUAAAUUUGCUUUUAACAAAUGUUCUUUAAAAAAAAAUAAUAAACUAGAGAGAGGACAAGGGUAUGUGCCUUUAAGACCUCUUCCAGUUCCUCUUCCUGUCAGCAGAGUCUACAAGUCUGAUGUUGCUGUUUUUUGAGCCUUGAUACUUUAUGAAGGAUGAGCAAAACCAAGCCUCAGCUCUGGUCCUCACUGCCCUUGAUGCUGUUGUCAAGAUGCAGAGCAGAGAGCAAGAAAGAGACUAGAGAGUCAAAACCAAGAGGGAGGCGUUUACACCUGCGUAGGGGAAGUAUGGGAAACGUUUAUCAAAUUCACUCACCAAUCACAGAAGCAGAAUUUAUAGAUUUUCAACAGGAAAAUAAAUGUCUCUGUGGCUCUGA